AUGGCUAACGGCGAGACUGGGAUACCGAUGGAGGACCCGGUACUGGCCUCUGGCGCAAAGGAGGAGACUGGAUUUGCAACUGGCAUUGGAAUUGAGCCUAGAGCGGACUCAGGCGGUCAGGACACGGGGUCGACGGAGCAUGAUCUGAAAGCCGAGAAAGAAGCUGCGAGACCUGCUGUGAUGAGAAAACUUCAGCUGUCGCCUACCACGGUAUUACGAAGCAUUCGCUACAUGCGGGCCCAUAUCGCUGGAAUGACGGCCGAUGACUAUACGGGCGGUCAACUUGAGUGCCCUUUUGACGAUAAUGAGCUUCUGGAUAUAGCGAAACCCACCAUGGAGUCACGUAUGCGAGGGGAAAGAGAAUAUUUCGGCAGGCUUCGCCAGGAAUGUAUGAGGCUAUACGGUGACAUUUGGACGACCAAAAUAGCCUUGCCAGAAUCUGCAGCUGAAGGUUAUGAGAAAUGGCUCCAGGCUGGAGAUCCAUUUGCAGCCAUCCAAGAAAAUCGUUACGGCUGGUGGAAGUUCAGACAGCGCCAACAUGAAGAAUAUCGCCCUGGGUGCAAGCUCCAUCGUAGGGCUUAUCCAAUUGGCGAAUCUCAAUUGGCCGAUUGCGGUGUCCUUUUAUUGGACAAUUUAGACUUACGUCAAAUGUGCGAGGUCGGCAACAUCUUUCAUUUGCCUCCAGACUUUCUAGCCGAUCACAUCUGCCCUGGAUUGUAUAGCGAUGACCCGUAUCAGGACCCGUAUCAGUCUCGGGAAGCGUCCACCAAGAGUUUCUUUGCAGCAGGCUUUAGUACCACGCUUUCGCGAUCUGCAAGGAGUACAGUGUUCGAUGUGCGAGGUAGACCACGAAGAACACCAAAGCUUUGCAGCGAAGAAAAUGCAAUUUGGCUUUCUGGCUUACUGAUGGGAGAUUCGUUCGUUGUCAUUGCGGUGAAUGGCUUAAAGAUCGAGACGCCUCCUGCUGGUUUUCCAAAUCAUCUGAUCCUUCCCACGCCCGGGAAUAUCGACAUGAUGCGUGAGGUCAAUGUCUUUCUCGCAGAAAAGUGGAAUUUUGAAAAGUUGUGUGAGCUUUGGCAAUGCUGCGAGGAAUCUGGUUAUGGUUUAAAUGUGUUCCUAUGGCAGUGGGCUGUGUGGCUGUAUGAGCGUGAAAUUAGGAACAUUGCUCUUGACCUUCAGCGAAUAGAUUAUGAAUGCGUCACGCUUUCGACAAGUGAAGCCUUGGAUCGUGUCAAAGCUGGCAGAGCACGCGUCGCCGAACUCCGGAAGCAUCUCGCGCAGACAAGGCGGGCAGUCUCGGAUAUGUUUUUGGAAGAGGCCUACACAAAUGCUAGGAAACAUCAGAAGGACUUGGGCCGUGGUAGCGAGAGCGAACACGAGAGCAGUGUGCAACAUGCGUUGGAAAGCGUCAGUCUGACAUCCCGUCAACAAGCUGCAUCUUCACCGGAUAAAGAGCAUGCUUGGCUCGACAAGCAAGCUGCAGAUCUGAUGCCGCGAUUGAACGAGAACCUCCAAGUUAUUAUAGCUACGCUUAACGUGGAGCAAUCUCAAGUUGCCUUGAAAGACGCCGAAGUCAGCAGGCGAAACGGUGAGAGAUCAACGCAACUGACCCUCCUCGCGGCCAUAUAUCUCCCUCUGACUUUGGCGACUGGCAUCUUUGGAAUGAACAUUAAGGACGUGAACGGGGACGAGGUACGAUACUGGUGGCCAAUCAUAUUAGCCAUCGUACUGAUGAUCCCUUCUGCUGUUGUCAUUGCCUAUAUCUUUUGGAGAAGCAGGCAGGACAGGAGAAGGGAGAGGGAGAGGCUGGAUAAGGGGGAGAAGGAGGCUUAG